AUGUACAAGAAGUUCGCGACCCUGGCCGCCCUCGUGGCGUCGGCCUCCGCUCAGCAGGUGUGCACCCUCACCGCUGAGAAUCACCCCUCGUUGUCAUGGUCCAGGUGCACCGGAAAUGGCAGUUGCACUAGCGUCGCGGGCUCCGUCGUCCUCGAUUCCAACUGGCGGUGGACGCACCAAGUGUCCGGCGCGACCAAUUGCUACAGCGGCAACGAGUGGGACACGUCGAUCUGCACAGACGGCAAGACUUGCGCUUCCAAGUGCUGCGUUGACGGCGCCGACUACUCAGGCACCUACGGCAUCACCACCAGCGGCAACUCGCUGAACCUUAAGUUCGUCACCAAGGGCCCGUACUCGACCAACAUCGGCUCGCGUACCUACCUGAUGGAGAGCGACACCAAGUACCAGAUGUUCAACCUCCUCGGCAACGAGUUUACCUUUGAUGUCGAUGUGUCCAACCUGGGCUGUGGCCUCAACGGCGCUCUGUACUUUGUCUCGAUGGACCCCGAUGGCGGUCUGUCCAAGUACUCGGGCAACAAGGCCGGCGCCAAGUACGGCACAGGCUACUGCGACUCGCAGUGCCCGCGCGACAUCAAGUUCAUCAACGGUGAGGCCAAUGUUGAGGGCUGGGCCGGCUCGACCAACGACGCCAACGCCGGGUUCGGCAGGUACGGCACGUGCUGCGACGAGAUGGACAUUUGGGAGGCCAACAAGGUCUCAACGGCCUUUACCCCGCACCCUUGCACCACCAUCGGCCAGCACAGGUGCGAGGGCGAUUCGUGCGGCGGCACCUACAGCUCGGACCGCUACGGCGGCACCUGCGACCCUGACGGAUGCGACUUCAACUCGUACCGCCAGGGCGACAGGACCUUUUACGGCGAGGGCAAGACGGUCGACACUACCAAGAAGUUCACCGUCGUCACCCAGUUCCUCAAGAACGCGGCCGGCGAGCUGUCCGAGAUCAAGCGCUUCUACGCGCAGAACGGCGUCAUCAUCCCCAACUCCGAGUCCAAGAUCACCGGCGUGCCGGGCAACUCCAUCACGGAGGCCUACUGCGAUGCCCAAAAGCAGGCCUUUGGCGACAUUGACGACUUCGGCCGUAAGGGCGGCCUGGCGCAGAUGGGCCGCGCCCUCGAGAGCAUGGUGCUGGUCAUGUCAAUUUGGGACGACCACGCGGCCAACAUGCUGUGGCUGGACUCGACCUACCCGGUCGACGCUGCCGGCCGCCCGGGCGCCGAGCGCGGCGAGUGCCCGACCACGUCGGGGGUCCCCGCCGAGGUCGAGGCCCAGUUCCCCAACUCCAACGUCGUCUUUUCCAACAUCCGCUUCGGCCCCAUCAACUCGACCGUUGCGGGUCUCGGCAGCGUUGGCGGCGGCAACCCGCCCGUCUCGAGCUCCACCACCAUCCGCACCACCUCGACAUCGACGCGCACUACGUCCACCAGUACCAGGACCACGACCUCGACCAGCAGCACCCCGACCUCGGGCGGCACCGUCCCCCGCUGGGGCCAGUGCGGCGGCCGGGAUUAUACCGGCCCGACGGUCUGCCAGAGCCCGUAUACCUGCACCUACUCGAACCCGUGGUACUCUCAGUGCCUGUAA